AAAGAUGGCGGCAAUGAAACAUUUACGAAUAGCGGGCGCGCACGCUGGUUUUACUUCUUUAAUAGUCAGAAGGUUGGCGACCAUUUUUCCCAAUGUUUCUCAAGUAGAUAAUUCUUCAAAUUUCCUGAAUAACGUUCCUCACCGAAAACACCCAGGCAUCCUCCAUCUCAAAUGUUUGAAGCUUCCGCCUGAAUUAGUGCAAGCAGUUUCCUUUUGGGUAGCCCAAUCCCUCAUACGUGAUCUGGAGAAGAAGUCUGAGUCUUUUAGCAACUACCUCUGGAGCCGCAAACGUCCAGUAGAAUUUAAGGAUCUGCAUAGAAAAGCACAACUCCUGGAACAGAAGCUGAGGAAGGAUGCAGAAGUCCUGGUCCAGCAGAAAGAUAGAUCCCUGGAUGAAAGGGAUGAGAAGGUGAAGCAAAAGAUUUUGACUGCUCUUCGUAAAGUCACCUACCACUGGGAAGAGUUGAAAUACACUGAAGAGCUCAGCUUUCUGUACAUGGUCACCCGGAUGGAUGCAAACUUUGCAGCAGUGAGCCGAGCUUUCCAAGAAGUAAAUACAAUUCAGGGGUAAUGUCCGAGNUUCCAGCCCAAAACUUUGCUAGAUUUCGGUUCCGGUACCGGUGCUGUCAGCUGGGCAGCCCAUAGCAUUUGGGGCGAAAGCUUGAAGGAAUACAUAAAUGUCGAUUGCUCUGUUCCCAUGCUGGCCCUGGCAGAGAAGCUGAUGCGAGGCAUCUCUGAAUCCCAAGAGCUCUGCUUUCCUGGUGUCUACUUCAGGCAGUUUUCCCCCGUUGGGCCAAAG